AUGUCGGGGGUGGGUUGUGCCGAGUUUGACACCUGGGUUUCGCGCCUUAGGCUGCUGUGGGAAGGUCUGAGAGAAGACACUUUGGCGAACCGGGUCAUCAUGUUAGAUGUCUGGAUGAAUUUUGUUUCAGUGGUCCUCGCCAGGGACUGCAUAGUUAAGAGAGCAUUGAAGUUGGACACUGUUAAAAAAGAUAAUCCAUCUGAUGUGACGCCUUCGAAGGCCAAAAAGAAAAAUCUAAAGUCUUACUCGCCGACAACAGGAACAUGCCAAAUGAGUCCAUUUUCAUCUCCCACAAGUCAUAAUGCACAAAAUCUCACAAAUCGCCCAUCAAAUGGAGAUGGAACUGAGCAGAACGAUUCCAAAAGCAGAUUAUCCAGAAGAGGGCAGCCUCAAACAGAGGAGUACGCGUUCAUGGAACUGCAGUCCAAAGUGAAAAGUUCACUGGUUAGAAUUCUGAAAAUAAGAGCAAAUCUGAAAAGCCUGCAGGCUUUAGAGGGCAGUCGAGAGCUUGAAAAUGUUAUUGGUGUCUCGGACUCCUCUUGCAUCUUGAGUGCGGAAGUGCAGAAAACCCAAGUGCUAAUGAGUCAAGCAGAAGAACUGCAGCUGUUGAAAAGAAACCAUGGAAAAGUUCCUGGCCGAGAGUACGUUCAGACUGCCAGCAGCUCCGCGUUCCUGCAGUCCCUCCUCGACUGAGGUCAGGAGCCCCUCCGUCUGCUCUGUGACUGCCCCACGUACAGGUAG